AUGACAAUGGCGGGCGCGGGCGCGAGGCUCACGGGCGCUACGACUGGCUUGGCUCGCCGUGCAGUCGCACGCACACCCGCACCCGCACACGCACACGCACCCGCACCCGCACCACAUCGAAACCUCUGCAGCACCGCUUCUCCUCUAGCAUCCCUCCGCUCCUCCUCGGUCUCGCCCUCCUCCUACUCCCCCUCCUCGACGACGUUUCAAAGCACCUUGCCAAACAAGGUCAGAGUCGCCACGCAAGCCGCACCGGGACAUUUUUCGGCCGUGGGUGUGUAUGUGGAUACGGGAAGCAGGUACGAGAGGGCUUGGGUGCCUGGUGAAUCUGGAGUCAGUCAUUUGCUCGAUCGAAUGGCUUUCAAGAGCACGCGAAAUCGCAGUGCGGAUGAGAUGACGACGAUGAUCGAAAAGAUGGGAGGAAACGUCAUGUGCUCCUCUUCGAGAGAGUCGAUCAUGUACCAAUCGCUCGUGUUCAACAAGGAUGUGGAAGCUGCGCUGUCCAUCCUCGCAGACACGGUGCUUCAUCCCGCCCUCUUGCCCGAAGAGUUGGCUGCUCAGCAAGAAGCGACGCGUUGGGAGAUUGGAGAGAUUUGGAACAAGCCGGAAAUGAUCUUGCCAGAGGUUUUGCACACCGUCGCUUUUAGGGAUAAUACGCUGGGCAACCCGCUGCUGUGUCCCGUGGAGAGUUUGGAGGUGAUGAAGGUGAAGCAUUUGCGCGAUUUCAUGGACGCUUGGUACACGCCCGAAAGGAUCGUGGUGGCGGGAGCUGGCAUGCCUCACGAAAGGAUGGUCGAAUUGGCGGCAAAGUGGUUUGGGGGUUUGAGCGCGGGCGGGGGCGGGGGCGCUGGCGAGGGCGGGAGCGCAGCGAUCGCCGACGCGGGCACCAAUACUCACGCCGACACUCCCGCCGACACUCGCACACUUCCUCACGCCGAAACUCGCGCUCACGCCCGCGACGCCCGCGCUCGCGCUCGGUACACUGGCGGCGAGCUGUACGAAUCGACGCCCACGAUGGAGUUUACGCAAGUCUACGUCGCAUUCGAAGGCUUGUCCAUUCACGACGACGACAUUUACGCGCUCGCAACGAUGCAAAUCUUGUUGGGAGGAGGAGGAAGCUUUUCGGCUGGAGGACCUGGCAAGGGAAUGUACAGUCGAUUGUACAGCAACGUCCUCAAUCAACAUCACGCCGUCGAUUUUUGCGCAGCUUUUCAUCACUGCUACAAGGAUUCGGGAUUGUUUGGCAUCGCUGCUAGCGUCAAGCCCGACUUUAACGGUCACAUUGCCAACAUUAUCGCGCGCGAACUGGACAGCCUCACUUCGCCCCACGUUCGAGGAGCAGUGACGAGCGUGGAGUUGGCUAGAGCAAAGAAUCAGCUCAAAUCUAGCCUGGUCAUGAGCUUGGAGAGCAGAUUGGUGGAGGUGGAGGAUCUGGGAAGACAGGUUCAGGUGCAUGGCCACAAGGUUUCGGUGGAGGAAAUGUGCGAAAAGAUUGACGGGGUGGAUUUGGAUGCGCUGCACAGGGUCGCCAAUCGCGUCUUGAGGGCGGCGCGCUGCCGCACCAGCGGCGGCGGCGGCGGCGAGAAGAACAAUUUCGGACUGGGAAGCGGGCAGAGCACCGUCGUGGCGCAAGGCAAUCUCGAUGGGUUGGGGGAUGUUAGGCGGACGCUUGCGAAUCGCGGGCUGGGCGGUGCGUGA